CUCUAAAAUAUUGUCCUCGUACUAAAAAUUAUCAUGUAAACUACAACUUUUUACUAACUGUUUGAUUCAACCACUUUUGUCUCACCACUCAACCAAACUCUUAACAAGAAAAACACUUUUGGUGCAUGAAUAUAUGAGUCAAAUAAUAAAGGACGGAAGCAAUAUGAAUGAGAGAAAAUGCCUCCUACUGAAUUACAGUGCAAACAACUUUUUCUAUUUCUCUUUCUUUUUUUAAAGACUUUCAUUUCAUUCGUUACUAUUUGCCGUCAAAUUUAAGGGUGAAGGGGUAGCAAAGGAGGAAGAAGCAAACUUUAUUUUCCUAAUUUCAGAAAUGGCAAAUGUUUGUGCAAAAUGCAAGACGUGGAGGAAAAACCAAUACUGGAAUGUAUUUCCUCAUAACAAACAUCAUUUUUUCAAGGUUAUGCUAGGCGACUUUCGCAACUAUCUGAGAAUUCCGAGGAAAUUCAAAGAUGAGUACACAGAGAAACUAUCGAAAGAGAUGACUCUUCGAGGUCCAAGUGGAAACUACUGGACUGCGGCUCUUGCACAGAGAGGAGAGGACAUUCAACUGCAAGAUGGGUGGAGAGAUUUUGUCAAGGACCACAGCCUAGAAGAAGGGAACUUUCUAGUGUUCCAACAUGUUAAGGAUUCAUUAUUCGAUGUUCUGAUAUUUGAUAAAACUGGGUGUGAAAGAGAAGACUCUCACUUUGUUGAACAAGACGGGGACUUAUGUCAUGAGAACUGUUGCACCAUGUUUAAGAACACCAAUCAACAAACAAACAAUACUUCAUUGUUAUCCGAGGAUGAAGAUGAGGAUGAAGAUGAGGAUGAGGAGGAAAGCCAGCAAGAACUAGGAACUAAUUCAAAGACUCGGCAAUGGAAGUACUAUGAAUCAAACAGAAGACCAAUCACAAAAAAGGAUAAGGAGAGAGCUUUCCAUUUGGCUUCCAAGCACUCAACAACUCGGCCUUCUUGCAUGAUAAAGAUGAGGCCGAGCCAUGUCCAUCACUUAUUUAUACUGACAAUCAAUAGAGACUUUGCAGAUCAUUGCCUUUCUAAGGAGUCUCAGGAUAUUUUGCUGAGGGUCGAUUCCAAGAUCUGGAAAGUAGCACUCAAACACAGGAAUGUGCAGUGCACAUUGAACAAGGGGUGGGCACAGUUUGUGCUUGAAAAUAACUUGGAAACAGAAGAUUAUUGUGUUCUAGAGUUGGCAGAUACAGGGGAAAGCCAGCAAACACUAACCUUGGACGUUUACAUAUUUCGAGCUGUUAAAGAAAUCGUUCCUUUGAAAGUAGUUCUGCCUUCAUAAGUUCAUAGCCCACUAAAUGUAUUAGUCAAAAGGUUUCUUAGCCAGUUUAACUACUAUUGUGUUCCUGUAAAAGGUAGCAAGUAACUUAAUUCCAGGAAUUUCUGCUUCUAGAAUCUAUAGCAUGCAAUUCGAUCUGUCUAAAAAUGUAAUGAGAAUCCUUGCAUGUAUAAUCAUAAGCAUAAAUGCAUAAGAAAUUGUAUGGUCUUUUAAA